AUGGAAAGGUACCCGCAAGAUCCACGAGCAAAGGCAUUCCGGCCGUCCCUCCGGUUCGCGCAAAUGUGGGCGACGAGGCACAAGAACAAGUCUGUGGAGGAGAGACUGCCGAACGUUUCGCUUCUAGGGAGUGGCCUUACGUGCAGCCGUCGGUAGUGGGAAUCGGGGUUGAGUACGGGGGUCGAGGAAAGCAGUGCAAAUCAUUUGUAUAUUUGGAACGUUGUGUAUGCAAGCAGAGAAAUAAGAAAUUGCCGAUUUAUGAAAUUCAGCAGGAUUUGGCUGCACGAAAAAAUAAGAAACUUGAAAUAAGAAACUGAAGGACAUACAUGCGCUGAGUUUAAAGGCCACAAUAAGAAUUCGAGGCUGAACCCGAAAUAAGCGUUUCUUAACUGCGGGCGCCAACUGUAGUCUAGAAGUGUUAUAGUUUUUCAAUCGCACUGACUGACGUAUUUUCAUUGGUCAGCCGGUUAGCGAGGUCGAUGCUACUUCGUAGUAAAAAAAACACACGGAUAAGACAGCGGAUAGACGCAACAACGCAGAGGCCAGGGUAUACAUACGUGCUGCUGCAGACCCGAAAGCUCACGCAGGGACGCAACAAGCCUUGUGCGGACGGUGAACUGUGCCGCCAUCAACAACAAGCAGAACGCCGCAAGCCCCUCAUGGCCCCGUCUGCAAGGGAGGGUGUGGCGGGCGACUCCACGGCAAUUGCGGCAGCAUGUUUGAGGACGACGAAAAGCACCGCAUCUGCA